AUGACAAGUUCCAGCGAAAAGUCACUAGUCCGACCAGAAUUUGCAAUUAUCGAUGAGCUGAUCCAAAUUCCGGAUGUCUCUCCCGCUGAGGCAGUCCAACGUCUUCUUCGGGUGCGCGAGGUAUUACAUGAAGAGAGACAGGAAUCCGAAUCCCCGUCUAGCAUCGAUGGUAAUCAUGCAUGGUAUACCAUAAGCAAACUUGUGGAAAAGGCAGAAACUACUCCAGCAGCACAGCAGUACAAACUCCUCGAUUUCGUUGCUCUGCUACAACGCACCAAGGUUAUCGAUCCUGCCACGGGCGAGCAGCCAACAGCG